ACUUCCUACACAAACAAACUUCUACUGUAUUGCUAAAUUGAAAGAAGCAGCUUGUUGUCAUGGUGUAUUCUAAAGUCUGGAUUCAGGACAGAGGGACAGUAUUUUAGUUGCUGAUAUGUGAUGCUGACGCUGUGCUGCAUGAAGAAGUUUUCAUUUAUAAAUGUUGGACUUGUGCCCAGACUGCUAUGGUAGAAUCUGGAAGAAAACACAAUAAGGAGAAGAACGUGAGACCAAUUUUGCUGGAACAUAUGUUGGGGGGGGGAAAGGCUUUAACAAAAGACAUUUUUCAAACAGUGAAAGAACUAGACAAUGGACAAUAGUUAUGAAUCUUUAAAAAUCUAUCCUGCAUCAACCCCUGUUAUCCAUGCAGGAAUAAGUCCAACCAAAACUGGCAAUCCUACCCCAAUGGUGCGGCAGCCUGGUUCCCAAGUGCUGGCCUUACCCAUGGGAGAAUUUCCUGUUGUCCUCUCUCUAUGUUCCUACCAUGAGUCAAAAGAAUGCUUUAUCUGUCGAGAAGGAGACGAGAUGGGUCGUGACGCUCUGCUGCACUUCUGUGACUGCAAAAACCUGAUUGCUCACCAGAAGUGUGUGUUAACCUGGAUACAAAAGGGUUCUGAUAAUCAAGAUAGAGCAAGAUGCAAAGUAUGUACAGCUGAGUACCAGCUACAGAAAGGAUCAGUGUGGAGAAUCCUGUUUUGUCACUGGCAGAAUUGGCUCUUCUUCUGCUUGGUCCUGGCAGUAGUGACUAUCAUUCCCCUUGCAGUCUAUCGAAUGAUGGUAGCUUUUAAGGACCCUCCACCCAGUCCUGUAUUCCAUGCAGCAGCUGUGUGCUUCGGAGUUCUCGCAGAGACUCUUCUGAUCAAAUAUGUAUUGUAUUACUGCAGCAGCAAAUACAACGAGGCCAAGAUGUCUUCAUUUUCCGUCAGAGCGAGAACUAUAGAACAAUGUGAUCGAGGCGCUGGUCUUCUGUGGCCAGCCAGUCAGAACCCAUCAACAGCUGUGAUGAGCAGAGCAGAGAUGGGGAAACAGGAGGCAGUCAAAGCCAAAGAAGGUUUCGGCCUGAAGCUGUGUGUAUGACUGAAGCAGAGCAAGGCCGGGACCCAAGGAAACCCCAGCAGCAAGGGAAAAAACAGAUUGACUCUCAUUUUAGCUCCUGGAUUGGACAGAUCUCUCCCCUGCUGGCAGUUUGGCUGAAUAUCAAUGGGACAGAUACCAGGAUGAAUAGCUUAAAAUAAUUAGGGGGCCAAUCUGCAAAACUGCUCUCAUCCAAUUCUUUACUGUAUGAUGAAAGACACAAAACAAAUUACAUUUAGAUUAUUAAAUAUUAAGUCACUGGAUUUACCUACAUUUGGUCCAAAGCAGGAAACUGGAUAAAAUUCAAUUUUAUGUCAUUGUGUUGAUGGCCUGUUUUUCAAAAGAGUGAGUGUUUUUUGGCAGGUCAGACUCUUUGACACAUGGGGAAAAUAGGUGCUUAAUUUAAAUGAAAAUUAAUGCAAUCAUAAUUAACACAAAUGUGAACAGAAUUAAACACAGGCAAGAGUUUAGUUUAAUGCUUAGCAGUUUAAACUAUAUGUUUUAGGAAACGUCCUGCUUCAGUUGAAGACAAUGGCAGUGUUGCCACUGAAUUCAAUGGAAACUGGAGUAGGCCUUGUAGGUAGAAAGGCAGGAUUCCCUGUACUUUAUAUUUAAUGCACAAAAACAGAAGCAACAAGCUCAUUUAGUAUCAGUAAAGGUCAGUUAAAAUUAUAGAGACAUCCUUUGGAGCAAAUCUUCUGCCUUGUAUUUGCAUAUUUAUGAACUAGAGAUUAUGACAGGCCAUUCCAUUUAUUAGUGCAGCGCAGCUAUAGUUAAUAGUCUGUCAGCAUUUCCAUUAUAAACCCCGUUUUUCAGUGUUUUAAUUUCUCAGCCAUUUGAAAUCACAUCAGGAAGCAAUGUAGCCCUUGUGUUGUCAGGCCAGGUGCAUUUUUAAAGAAGUAAAUAAAUAAAAAUAUAUUUAAAUGAGCUUAGCCAUUUCUGAGUGGGCAAAUGGCAUAAAAUCACAAAGCCUUGGGGGAUAUUAUUCUUUUUUAUUUUUAUUUUUAGGGAGAUUUUGACAAUCACGUCUUCUGUUUCCUCUCAUCUCAUCACUUGAGGUCGAGUCAUCAUGCAAGCAUCUGCCAUCUUCUUCUGUUCGAGGCAACACUAAAGUCCACUUGCUUGCCAUCUUCUUUGCUGCAAUCCAUCCAUCGCUGCCUCAGCUUUUCUUGGGGUCUCUUUCCAACCACCCUGUUCCGUCCCAAAAUCCUCUUCAUUCAUCCUGUGCAUGUGUCCAAACCAGCAGAGUUGCACUUCCUGGAUUUUGUCAGCCACAUCACAGACAUUGACUUCCAUCCUAAUGCUUUCAUUUCUAAAUCUCUCCCUUCAUGUGACUCUUUUUAUUAUGCAAAGACAGCUCAUCUCAAACACCUGUUGGCAUUGAACCUGCUGUAUCUUACCCAUGCGUCUGCACCAUACAGCGUUGUGGAGUACACUUGGAAUCUCAGUGUCAGUGGCGUAUGCUUAUCAUAAGCAACAUCUAGGAUGUUAUUCCACACUCAUCCAGCGCUCUCCAGUCUGGACUGCAGCUCACAUUCAAGCUUGCUGUCUUCCAUAACCCAGCCACCAAGGUACUUGAACUGGUCACUCUGGUUUAGUCAUGGUCCAUUAAUCUCUAUAUCCAGUUUCCCUGUGGCACCUCUGCUGACUCACAUGACCUCAGCCUUAGUCAUGUUCCUUUUCAUCCCUUACCUGCUUAGCUGGUCAUACCACUGAUUUACUUUUUCCUCUAGGUCUUCUUUUGAGGAUGCCCUUAUUGCUAUAUCAUCUGAGUAUAGCAGCCUCUCACCUUUUCGCAUUGGUUUCUUCCUGCUGACAUAGGCCAUCAAUAUGAUAAACAGCAGUGGACUGAGAGCUGACCCUGGUGCAGUCUGACUUGCACUUCAAAGGGCUUGUCGUUCCAGUACAGGUUCAGAUCACUGUUUUAGGUGAUGUAUAUAGUGCAUUUGCCAUAAAUACUAAAUCCACAGACAUUCCAUAUUUCCUCAGCAUUGGUGUGAGCAUCCUUGUGUCCACUUUUUGACAAACACAUCUAUCAAAAACAUCUUGAAGUUUUGAAAAAUGACAUUUUGCAAGCAGCAAGCAUAUAAAGGGAACAUCAGUCCUUGGUGCAAAGUCGAAGUUGCUGGAGGUACUUAUCAAGUGGUGACACCAGGCUGGUCCCAAGCAUGUGUGAACCAUUUGGCUGCACGUGGUGCCCCUUGCCCUUGGCAGCCAAAGCAUUGGGCUAAAGAUGACAGCUAGGAAGAGAGAGCUUGUGAGACAGCAUGAGCCACAUUAAGGUGAAUGAGAUGCCUUGAGUAGAACAAGCAUCAGGGGCAGAUCCACGUGGUUGCAGGGUAGGAUGGAGAGUUAUGAAACUGGCAUCCCUGUAAGUGAUUCUUCUACUUCUUCUGAAACUGGUUAAGACCAGCACUAUGGUGACCUCAUUGCUGUUAUUUUGGAAUAUAACUUUUAGUACUUUGCUGAGCUUUUCCUAGUUUCCCUGCAUGCAAUAUAGAGACAAGCUGUACCAUUCUCAUGCCUGUUUGAACUUCCUACUUAUUCCGAGUGUCUCCAGCAGAGGAAUUCCAUCUAUUGCCAACUCCCUGGCAGAAGGAAGAUUGCUUUACAAUGGCAAUAUUGAGGUGAGGGCAGGAAUAGGAGUAAUAGGCGUAAAGUGACAAAAUAUGCACUCUUAUAUGUAAUCUGAUAGAAGAUACAUUCUGUAAUUUAGCUGAGUAUUAGUGUUUACUACAUAUUUGUUUUGCUAUCUUUUAUUUUUACUUUGCUGUGAAAUAAAAACACUUGCACAACUGA